GAUUCUCAACCACAAUCCAACAUGUAAUGGCUGGGAAAAAAUCAGAGCCUGAGAAGAAUCUGCCGUGGGGUUUGACCCCAGAAGGGUUAACCCCAGGAUCUAUGAAGACAAUUUCUGAGAGCAAGUUGAAGUCCUUCUCUGUUGGAAUGAUGAACGCUGGACUGAAGAAACCCGCUAGAUCAAAGCUAGAUUCUGAUGAGAAGAAAAAGAAAGCAGAAUCAGAGUGUGCUGAAGUGUUUGCAGAUUUUGUUGCUUCAUUUGAAGAUGCUCGGGUGGCUGGGAAGACUUUUGUGCGCGGCAAUACAAUCAACCCAGAAACAAAAGAGGAGACUGCUUCGGCGCAGGCUGGAGCUCUAUACAAGCCAAUGGCAAAGAUAUCUGCUACUGUUAUGGAAGAGAAAAUCAAGACUGAAUUGGUAGCUCCCAAAGUGGAGUCUGUUAAGAAAAAAGGCAAAGAGAAAGAAAAGAAGAAGAGCAAUUUAGAACUGUUUAAGGAAGAAUUAAAAAGACAACAGAAGGAACGGGAGAUAAGGCACAAGAUCAAGAAGGGUGAUUUAGCUGAUAUUCCUAGAGAGGUCUUAGAAAAUAUGGCACCAUCUCUUCUUGCACCUUCCAAGGAGGAAGGUUAUUCAUAUGGAUCACAUGAUACUGGAGAUCCCAACACAACAAAUCUUUACAUCGGAAACAUCAAUCCAGCAAUGACAGAGGAGAUGUUAAUGCGGCUGUUUGGCAAGUAUGGACCUUUGGCCAGUGUUAAAAUCAUGUGGCCUAGGACUGAGGAGGAGAAGGCUCGCAACAGAAAUUGUGGUUUUGUUGCUUACAUGAGGAGAAAGGAUGGAGAAAAAGCUCUUAAUGCUCUAAAAGGGAAGGAAGUCAUGUCCUAUGAGAUGAAACUAGGUUGGGGAAAAAGUGUUCCCCUUCCACCCCACCCAAUCUAUAUUCCCCCAGAGAUGCAAGAAGACACUACCCCACCACCCCAAUCAGGGUUGCCUUUUAAUGCCCAACCUGAUAAAAAGAAAGAUGACUACUCCAGUGCUCCUCCCCCACAGGGGGGCGCUGAGGAAGGCAAGCGCAAUCUUGAUGCAAAUGGUUUUAAUAAGGAGACCUUAGCCAAUGCGGUCGUGAAAGUUGUAAUCCCGACGGAAAGGAACCUCCUGUGCCUCGUACACCGUAUGGUUGAAUUUGUCGUGCGUGAGGGACCCAUGUUUGAGGCCAUGAUCAUGAACAAGGAACUGAACAACCCAAUGUACAGGUUCUUGUUUGACAAUCAUUGUCCAGAACAUAUCUACUAUCGGUGGAAGCUGUUUUCCAUUCUCCAGGGUGAUUCCCCUACAAAAUGGCGGACAGAAAAAUUUAGAAUGUUUAAUAAUGGCUCUUUGUGGAAACCACCUCAGUGUCAUCAGUACACCAUGAGUGCAGCAGCUUUUAAUGCCAAUAAACAACCUGUGCCUCAAGUAGAAACACCCAUUGCACCAUCAACGUCACAGACAUCAACAACUGCACCAUCAUCAUCACAUAGCUCAAGUAGCAGUCACAGCAGUAGUCAUACUGCAUCAGUAUCCACAACACCAAGUAGUAGGAAGUGUUCUCUAUCCAACAGGCAGCGCGACAGGUUGGAAGACAUGCUGAGGGAUUUAACACCAGAAAGGAUAAAAAUUUCCAGAUGUAUGGUGUUUUGUGUUGAUCAUGCAGACUGUGCAGAGGAGGUUGUUGAAUGCAUUGCUGAGUCACUGUCAAUUUUGCAGACCCCUCUGCCAGUUAAGGUCGCAAGGCUGUACCUGGUGUCAGACAUUCUGCACAACUGCUCUGUCAAAGUACCAAAUGUGUCCUAUUACAGAAAAGGAUUUCAGACUCUCCUCCCAGACAUAUUUGGUCACUUAAGUGUCUCUUUCAAAGCUAUAAAUGCUCGUAUGAAAGCAGAAAACUUCAAGAAACAAGUUCUUCGCUGUCUUGCAGCGUGGAUGGACUGGGCUGUGUAUACUCCCGAUUUUUUGUUUGAUUUGGAGAACGUGUUUUUGGGUAACAACGAAAGACCGAGUCAACCAGAGGCUACCGAAGAGGCUUUUACUGAAAGCAAGGCCGAUCUGGACGGAAAACCACUCGACAUUGACGGUCUGCCCAUCAAGUCAAGUGACGUGGAUGGCGUCCCAAUCAGAUCAAGCGAUAUGGAUGGCUUCCCGAUUAAACAGACCGAUAUCGACGGAGUUCCUCUAUCCAGUGAUGAUAUUGACGGAAAGCCGAUGGACGGCAAAAAGAGUUCCGACAAGUCGCGAGAUAAAGAUGUUCCUCACGUUGCGUCAAAAUGGGAUCGACCUGAAUGGGAGACGGUUGAAGAGCGGGAGCCUUUACCAGAACCCGCCAUCAAAGACGAUUCUCCGAAAAGACCCGAGGAGCCUUCAGCUGCCUCCGCAGAGACCCCUCGAGUAGCGGAAAUUGACGAAAGCAGACGGAAAAAGCUUCGGGAAAUCGAACUCAAAGUUGCAACGUAUGCCCAGAAACUGGAAGCAAAAGGAGCGAGCGACAUCGCUCAACAGUGUGAUGUGUUCAGGGCCAAGUUACUGGAAGCUAUUGAACCAAAAGAAGUAAAAGAUAAGAAGAAGAAAGGAAGCAGCCACACAAAUUCACCAUCCGACUCUCGCCGGAAGAAGUCUCGGAGUCGAUCUAAGUCCCCUUCUGCCAAAAAGCGAACUCGGCGGUCCCAGUCCUCUGAGAGUCGUUCGACCUCGAGAUCUCCCGAGAGGAGCGGAUCGCCCUUGACUACCUCGCUACAGUCUUUGAAGCAUUACGAGUCACGCACACCUUCGCCUUCGAAUUCCAAACGGUCAAGAUCGCGAUCCCGCAGCCGGAGCUCAUCCCGCGGGCGAGCAAGGUCCCGAUCCCGAAGUCGCUCUCCCGGCAGCAAGCAGAGGCGUAAACGUUCCAGGUCACGAAGUGGCUCACCUUCUAAGAGAAACUCGUCCCGAAAGAAGCGAUCGAGAUCCCGCUCAAGAUCACCUUCCAGAAAAAAGAGCAAAAAGAAGAAGAAAUGAAUCCAAAAGAGGAGAAAGAAAAAAGAAGCGACUUUUUUUACCCUAUACUGUACUCUAUUGAAAGAUAACUCUAUUGUGACGCGUGACAAGUCGAAGCCUGUAUGGGUUGCGCACAAGGGGAAGGAAGGGUAAAGUUAUUUCACGCAUGAAGUGCGAUCUUUGCCAUCUCUCAUGGACAAAGUUUGUUCUUUAAGUAAUUUUCAUUCUUUCUCUUCAUUUUUACGAUGACCAUGCGAGGCACGCUCGUCGUCAACAGUUUACCUGUCCGAGAAAACACCCGAUAUGACACGGCGGGGAAAGACGCCAUAUCACUAAAGUGACCACUUUUUGUUCUUUUCUACAAAUUGUUUUGCAUCUCGGAACGACUUGAUUUAUGCACGGAACUUGUUUCAAGGAUUUACUUGCAGUCUUCCAAAUAAAAUUAUUAUUGUAAAAGAAA